CAGCGGAAGUUUAAUCUCGGAGACACCGCAUGGAAACAACGUUGUGUUGCUUAGUUGAACGAUUAGUCCGUUUACACUAUGUCUUCGAAAAAGAAAAUUAAGUCCAAAGCAGCCAAGGGUCAGGAAGUAUCUCCGAGAGUAAAACCGGGUUGUUGCUCACCCGCAGCCCCAUCUCAUGGGACUCUCCGAUCGGCAGGAGCAGAGGACAUUCUGAACACAAAUCAGCAGGCUUGUCUCUCCCUGACCGUUACUGACAGUUUAGAGAAAGCUAAUGAGAAGGUGCCCAAGUCUUGCCGAAGAUGUCUUGCUCAAAUGGGUCUCAACAGCUUAAAAUUGGGAAACCUCUGCAUUGGUCGACCAGUCCUUCUUACCAGCACUGCUGGCAGACAGGAGGUUUGCACAGCAUGGCCUAUUCCAAGUUUUCCUGGGAGUAAGAUUGGGUUAAAUGAAAUUACCCAGAAGAAUUUAAAGAUCAAGAUGAAUGAUACCGUUACUGUUGAGCCACUGCUUGGUCCAAUAUUACAGGCAGAAGAAAUAUAUUUGAUUUUAAGAGAUCAAGAUGAUUUCUUCAAGACGGAAGAAUUAUCAGACUACUUGUUGAGGAGUAUGAAUGGGAAGAUAAUAUUACCUGGCAACUUCCUGAAUCUUUUAUUUUAUGGUCGAACGUUUCAUUUACCACUGACGAAGAUAAAAGGAGUUGAUGGUGCAGUGUUGGAGAUGUCAUCAAAUGCCUCACUCAAUGAUUCACAACUGAAUGCUGAAUCUUUGCUUGACAAAUCAGUACAUGAGAAAACUGCAAUUGAUUUGCCCACAGAUUUCAGUAGUUUGACCAUAGAUGAUACUUCUGUCCAGAGUAUCAAUGUCACCCUGGAGCCGCUUACUCCUCCAAUGGAUUCUCAAAGUGUAUCCAUUGUAACCUACAACAGUACAGUGGACAAUGAGAAAAUGCCUGAAUCUCUCAAUGAUACAAUGUGCUGUUCAGCAAGCAACAAUGAAAAUAUUGAAAAAUCUGAACCUGCUCAGGAAAGUGAAGACCAGUGUGACCCCCCAGUGGGGGAGUCAAUCUUGAUGCCUGACAAUUGCCUGAGAAGUAGCAGAGAUACAUUUUAUCACAUUUCUUUGCUCACUCAAGUCAAGUUCAUGCAGGAACAAGACCGUGACCAGGAGAGGACGCAAGAAUCCAAAUCCCAAAUCACUUAUGAUAUGAUCGGAGGACUGGACAAUCAACUGAAGAUUAUUCGAGAAAUUAUUGAAUUACCUUUGAAACAGCCACAACUGUUCAAAUCCUAUGGAAUUGUGCCCCCACGAGGAAUUUUGCUGUUUGGACCUCCAGGUACUGGGAAGACUUUAAUUGCCAGAGCUGUAGCUAAUGAAGUUGGAGCUCAUGUUUCCAUCAUCAAUGGACCCGAAAUUAUGAGCAAGUACUUUGGAGAAAGUGAAGCAAGACUGAGACACAUCUUUGCAGAAGCAAGGCAACGUCAACCCUCAAUAAUAUUCAUAGAUGAGCUUGAUGCUAUAUGCCCAAAGCGGGAAGGAGCUCAUCACGAAGUUGAAAAGCGAGUGGUAGCAUCAUUGCUCACAUUAUUGGAUGGUAUUGGCUCGGAGGGAAGUGAAGGACAGCUCCUUGUCCUUGGUGCAACAAAUCGACCUCAUGCCUUGGAUCCAGCACUGAGAAGACCUGGAAGAUUUGACAAAGAAAUAGAGAUUGGUAUUCCUAAUGCUGUUGAUCGUGCAGAUAUCUUGAGAAAGUUCCUGAAGAAUGUUCCCACUUUGUUGACUGAGGUCGAACUGACACAGCUUGCAGAUAGGGCUCAUGGGUAUGUUGGAGCAGAUCUGGCAGCAGUUUGCAAGGAAGCAGGUCUGCAUGCUUUGCAUCGGGCACUUGGAGAAUGUGCCAAUCCCUCAGAUAGUGAGGUGGCUGAAUCAGUGAAGAUAACCUUUAAUGACUUCCUGCAAGCAAUGAAUGAUGUCAGGCCUAGUGCUAUGAGGGAGGUGACUAUUGAUGUGCCGAAAGUAUCCUGGUCAGAUAUUGGAGGGAUGGAAAACGUGAAGCUGAAACUCAAGCAGGCUGUUGAGUGGCCACAUAAACACCCUGAAUCCUUUACCAGAAUGGGGAUUCAACCUCCAAAAGGAAUUCUGCUUUAUGGGCCUCCUGGAUGCUCUAAGACAAUGAUAGCAAAAGCUUUGGCCAAUGAGAGUGGACUGAAUUUCUUAGCUGUGAAGGGACCAGAACUAAUGAGUAAAUAUGUAGGAGAAUCUGAGCGUGCUGUGAGAGAGAUCUUUAGGAAGGCCAGAACCGUGGCACCUUCUGUCCUGUUCUUUGAUGAAAUAGAUGCUUUGGCUGUUGAAAGGGGUAGCUCUGCUGGUGCUGGGAAUGUGGCUGACCGAGUCCUUGCGCAAUUGCUGACUGAAAUGGAUGGGAUUGAACAGCUCCAUAAUGUGACAAUCUUGGCAGCCACCAACAGGCCAGAUAUGAUAGACAAGGUCACAAGAUAACCAUGUUCUGGAUGGAUAACAAUUCCCUCACAUGCCUAAGCCAACUUUCAGAGCAACAACAGACCUGAUCAUGUUUUCUCUCAGAUGCUGGAGGCAAGAGAAUGAAUAUUCCAAACUAAGUUAAAGAAAGUACACUGAAUAUUUUGUAAUAUAGUACAUUGCAGUAAUCUCUCUAAUUAACCUCCAACAAUGGUCAGUAUUUGCACUGUUGAAAUGUAUCUUAAAUCCUUAGACAAGCAGAGCAGACUAAAGAUACUGAUGCCAAAGAUAAACCGUAUAUUCUUUUUGUAAUGUGAUGUAGUUGCGGAUCACAACCAGCUAGUAAUAGUUCAUUGCUCAGUAUUUCCUUUCCUUUUCUCCUUUCAUCUUCCUGUCCUUAAGCAAAGUUAAAAAUAAAAGGAAUGGACAAUCUGCCAACAGUGAAUUUUAAUAAAGGUGGAUCAGGGGUGGUGACCAGGUGACAUAUCUGCCACUGGGGUAUUUUCAGGAGAUUGUGUGACCCCAUUUUAAUAUUACUUUUAAUGCCUGUGUUUCCAUGGCCUAUAGAAAUUAUGACAUCAGAAGGGAGGCAUGAAGAAUGGGAAUACUUCCCUCAGUACACUCAGUUUAUCGAACUUCAGCAAUUAGCUGACUCUCACCCCGCACCCAAUCUAGUUGGUUGCAGUUGUCAAACUUGCUGGAGAAAUAUUUAAUUGCAAGACCUUGUUUUAAAUUCAGCAGGAAUUGCUGGAAACUCAAACUUCCAGAUUUAGCUAGCAAGCAAUCCUUCCCUCCCCAUUUCCCACAGAUUAUCACGAUUAAAAUUCUUUGACAGGAUAAGACAUCCAUACUUAAUUUAGGUGCGAUAUUAAUGUUUGGCUGUAUCACAUGCAAAUAUGGUUAGCACUAUCUUUCUUCUAUGAAACAGAUUUGUGUAAUUUUAUCUGUGUUCCUCAUGAGGGGUUAUGAUAAUAAUGAAUCUUGAAGAGAAUUGUAACUCUCUGAAAAUAACCAUCUCCAAAACUAUUGACUUUAGAUUGUGAGGCACAAAUUAACUUGAACAAAUUCUACAUUGUUGCUCAGUAAAACAGGGAAAAAAAAUUAUGUGACCUUUGUGAUUGUGAAAUGAGAAAAUCUAUUAUAUACUCAAACAGAGUACUGAUGGAUUGGUAUGUCAUGACCCAUAUUAAUAUUUCAACCUCUUGAACGAUGGCUUAAUCUUUACUAAAGAAUGCAUACAGACAUCUAAUAGGACAACGAAAGGGGAAUAAGCCCCUGAGAUCUUAGUCAUUUUCAGCGCAAGUUACUGGAGCAGCUGAAAAAUCAAUUAUUUUACCCCCUACUAUGUCCAUUUUGAGUGUCAAACACAUUGACUGUGAUGUACAACACAACUGCUGAAUGAAGUACUAGAUUACAGUUUAGGUCAGCACCCUGGAGUUUUCUUUCCAAGCAACCCUGAUCAUAUAAAACCUAAGGUUGCAGU